AUGGUGAAUAACAAACAAAAUUGCGCUCUCAAUCUACAGUAUUCAAUGUUCAUAGAGAUACAGGAGACCAAGGGCACCAUUGAUGAAGUGAUUGAUAAUGAGGAAAAAAGUGGUACGCUUGAUGGAUAUUGUGAAAGUGAAGAGAACAGUGGUACCCUUGACAGAUAUGGUGAAGAGGGACUUGAAUUUGAUGAGGUCCAAAGUGGUAUACUUGAAAGUAUAUGCGGAGAUAAUACACGAAGUGUUUCGCUUGCUGAACUAGACAAAACUGAAUAUUGUCAAAAUUCCGACGAAGAUAGUGAUGCUUCAGAUAUGUCUUUUAGUGGGAAGAUUGGAAAGCAAAUGCUUCAAGGGUUAGAAGGUAUACAAACUACUUCGAAGACUCUUGAACGUAUUAGGGCAGGGCAAAUUUAUGAUAGUAAGGCAGAGUUACAGUUUAAGUUGCGUAUGAUUACAAUUUUUCAGAAUUUUGAUUAUACAACUAGUAAGUCGACGAAAACUUUGCUUGUACUGAGAUGUUAUGUCCCUGGUUGUUCUUGGAGGAUUCGUGCAUCGAAAAUUAAGAGAUCUUCUCAGUUUAAAGUACGAAAGUACAUAGACAUUCAUACAUGUCCUGUCAUUCAGAGGUGUUCUCGUCAUCGACAAGCAACGUCAAAAUGCUUUGGAGAGUUGUAUUUAGCAAAAUUUGGGAAAGUUGGUGUAGGGAUAAGACCUAUGCACAUCAUGGAUGCCAUGAAGGCUAUGUACGGCAUUGACAUUGAUUACUGGAAGGCAUACAAGGCAUUAGUGCAUGCACGUGAGAUGGUACGAGGUACAUGGGAGAGUGGGUAUGAGGAUUUACCAUCUUAUCUACACAGGAUUGAAACAGCAAAUCCAGGUACAAUUACCAAACUUGAAUGCGAUGAACAAGAUAGAUUUAAGUACUUAUUCAUCGCAUUUGGUGCAUGUAUCCACGGUUUUCAAUUUAUAAGAAAUGUGGUUGUGGUGGAUGGGACUCAUUUGAAAGGAAGGUUUUUGGGUGUUUUGCUUGUAGCUGUUGGGCAAGAUGGAAAUGGUAGGAUAUUUCCCAUAGCUUUUGGAAUUGUUGAUUCUGAAAAUGAUGAUGCAUGGGAAUGGUUUUUAACUCAGUUGCGUGCGGUAUGUAUCGACCAUCAUGAGCUGGUUAUAGUUUCUGAUAGACACAAAUCCAUUGGAAAAACUAUUAUGAAGGUUUUCCCGUUAGCUCAUCGAGGAAUAUGCACAUAUCAUCUCUACCAAAACAUUAUCAAGAAGUACAAAGAGAGUAGUAUAUUGAACUUGGUUAAAAAAGCCAUGAAAGUCUAUAGGGUUUCCGAAUUCACAAGAAUAUUUGACGACAUUCGAAAUCAAAAGUCUGAUCUUGCGAUGUAUUUGGAGAAUGCUGAUACUCGUUUGUGGUCGCGAGCAAAUUUUCCAGGAAGUAGCUUGUUUCUUGGAAGAGUUGCGGAAGUUGAUAUCAAAGUGGUUUGUGAGACGUCGGGAACGUGCAAUGUUACUACCAACUUUAUUCACCCCUAA